ACCUGACAAAAUUAUCAACAAAAGUCAUCGUUGCCUCAACUACACCUGAACUUCCGCUCACAGAAAUGGAUCUUUAAGCGGGAAAUUUCAAUUUCUUAGAAUCGAUAAAGAAUAUGAUAAAGAAUUUGGAACAUAAAUUCUUGAAAUUAAUUACUUUCACGAUAACUAGAUAGCGUCAUUAGCAGAAUAUUUUUUCUUAGAGUAGGAGAGCCUAAAAAAAAUUUACAUAAUAGCUGUUUUUAUAUUCACGAAAUAGUAGCGAAUAUCACAAUUUUUUUUUCUCCGCUUAACUGUAAACUUUAUUUUAAAAAUUUAUUUCAAGUGCGACUUUGAUAUAAUAAAAAAAAUUUUCUUGGAAAACUCGAAUUGAAAAAAAAGAGCAAUUGUGCCAGUAAUUAAUAACCAAUUUUAAAUAAAAAAAAUUGUUUAAAAAUUGAAAGUGUACGCUACUUUAACCAGUUGUUGAUUUAAUCUGGUUCUCUUUUAAUCCAGAGUACUAAUGAAUUUAAUUAUUAUAAAAUAUUAAAUUAUUAAUGAAAAAAUAAUUGUUUCACAUAAUGAUUUUAAUAAGUAAUUGAAUUAACGGCGUCACGUACAUUAAAAUUAACGAUGAAUAAAUUAUCUAGGUACAGUAAAACGUCUUGAGCGCUUCGCCCUUGAGGUGAGAAAUUUAUAUAGAUAAUCAAGAAACAUGUUGGUAUUGUACGCCAAUCAUUAUAUAUUAUGUUUCUUAAAUAUUUAAUUACGCUAAUGUAAAUAUUUCUACAAGUGAUCUUAAAUAUUUUCGUACGAAAACGCUUCUUUUUUUUUAGUAUUUAAGUAACGACGAACAACUUUACCGAGUUAACAUCAUUUGAAUUAAAUGUAUAUAUAUCCUUCGAUUAAUACAGUUAGUUGAAUAAAUCAAACAAUUAUAAAAUUGAUAAUUAUGAUUUGUUAUAUACUGGUGUCAAUUAUGAAAAUAAUACACAAGAUAAAUAUGUACCCGGGUUAUUUUUACAUUUCCAUGUUAUCAUACGACACGAAGUAAUGUGUGAGGAUACUAAAAUUAUAAAACCCAUUGAAUUUAAAAAUAACUAAGUUUAAAUUUAACUUUUCCUUAUAAAUAAUUGCUCUACUCAAAGAAAAAAAUUAUUAUCGAAUUUUAUAAUUAAAUUGACAAUGACUCAUCACUUUGAUUCGGAUGGAAUUUCAAUUGGGAUUUUUCUACUAAUUAUUCAAAUCAGCAUAUCAUUAGUAUCAUCGCAAUUAGUUGUAAUUCAGAAAGGAGAUCCAAAAAACUGGGGCAAAGGCUCAUUCACGUAUUUUAAUAGAAUUUACGCAUUUGCUACAAUGGAAAACUCAUUGCAUCACGAUGGAUAUUGUACUGGUGAUUGCAGUAGCUUCGAUGAUAAUUUCAGGUAUGGUGAAACCGAUUUAUGCCGUGGAAUUGUUCAUAAAUGCUGGGUCCAUUUAGAAUCUCAAGAACGAAGGAAAGCAGUGGAAGACUUUGUUAAUACUAUCAAUGAUAGGGGAAAAUGGAAAGGAUAUUCAAACAGAAGUGAAAUAAUUGCAGAUCUGGAAUAUAAAUUGGAUCAUACUGGAAAUGUUUGCGCAUGUUUAUGUGAACGAAAUUUUUCAGCUAGUUAUAAUUUUCGCGGCAAAUUACUUGACUCUAUUUGUUAUGAUCCAAUUUCAGUGGAUCUCGGAUAUGUGGCGACAGGAGUCAGAUUCAAAAGAUAUGAGAACCGAAUUCAUCUUGAACUCCGACAAGGAAUGCUAGCAAAUGGACGAAUUAAUCCAAGCACCGUAAGAUGGAAAAAAACGAGUAAAUGUAAUAUUGCGAAACCAGUAGUUUAUAAUUUCAGAGGUAUUCUUUACAAAGGUUUAAAAUUUGUAUUGCAAGAUAUGAUUUUACCAUACAAAGCAGUUGUUACAGGAGUAACUAUUGGAAGAUCAAUACGCGGACGAUUUGUUUCUAAAAAUGGAGAUAUAAAAGAUUCUCGAUUUCGAAUACAUAAACCAAGUCAAUGUCGUGGGAGGAACCAGAACGUGGUGCCAAAAUACCGGCGUCUCCUGCCUCCUGUAGCUCAUCUAGGAAAUAAUGUUGAACGCAGUAAAUCGUGCAAACAUCAUGUUUCAUUUGGUGGAACAUCAGAUGAUUCUGAUUUUAUACAACAUAUUGUUCCGUAUAUUGAUUUACAAGAAAUAGUUACUGAUCCACCUGAACCGAUUCGCGGAAUCGGUUGGUACUACAGAGGCUGUUCUGAAUCUGGAGGAUUUUUGGCUUUGAGAAUUUGGAAAUGAGAAUAAUUAAUCAACGAACAAUUUACAUUGAACGAAAAAUGUUGAUGUAAAAUAAAUAUAAGUACCUGCUAAGGUUUCGAAGUAAAUGAAAUAUUGUCAGAUAUAAUUAGAAUAAUUUUUUAUGACUUCGAAACGCAGACAUCUACCAAGUCGAUUUUUUAAAGUUAUACUGAUAUUAAUAGCAAAACGUUUUCAAAAAAGUAUGAACUUUUUACAGUUGGAAGUUACUAAGCAAAUAUAAUGUAAAUUAAUUGAAAGACACAACAAUCAUGUUGUUGCAAGUUGUGUUUUAUAGACAAAAUCAAAGCUAUUCAUUUUCGGAGCAAUGGAAAAUUUUGUAAAA